AUGAGUUUCGUCGUUGGAAUCAAAGAUUCUAUCAAGGACGCUGUGAAGUCAGUGAAGGAUGAAAUCAAGGGAAAGAAUAAGGAUAAGCACGAGCACGAUGUAUCUCAAAGUGGAUCCGAGCAUGCUCUAGCCAGCAGUGUGGAGAAGAACGCACAGAAGGUAUGUGGAAGUUUUUGUACCUAAAA